AGCUGGCCGAGAGCGCGCCGCAGUGCGCGGCUGCAGGGAGCGGGCCGUGCCGCAGGGAUGCUCGCCCCGCUCCUGGGCUCCGCAGGCUCCGGCUGGCUGCUGCUGGAGUUCGCGGUUUCCCUGGUGGAGAAGAUGCAGGCUCAGGAGAUCCUGCGGAGCCUGCGGCUCCCCGAGUUCGACGACCUCAGCCAGUUCUUCCGCAACCUGCCGGCCACAGCCCUGGUGGGCAUCGGGGCCUUCGCCGCCGUCGUUGCCUACUGGUUUGCCAGCCGGCCCCGGGCCGUGAAGCCACCCUGCGACCUGAGGAAGCAGUCGGAGGAAGUGGAGGGUCUGGCUGGAGCACGCCGCUCGGUGAUCGGGGACAGCCCACAGCUGCUGACACACUACUACGAUGAUGCCAGGACCAUGUAUGAGGUCUUCAGGAGGGGAUUCAGCAUCUCUGAAAAUGGCCCCUGCCUGGGCUUCAGGAAACCCAAGCAGCCCUACCAGUGGCUGUCCUACAAGGAGGUGGCUGAAAGAGCAGAAGCUCUGGGUUCAGGCCUUCUCCUGCAGGGCUGCAAGCCAUCCACAAAGCAGUUCAUUGGAGUCUUUGCUCAAAACCGUCCAGAGUGGAUCAUUUCUGAGCUGGCUUGCUACACCUACUCCAUGGUGGUGGUUCCCCUCUAUGACACCUUAGGUCCCGGAGCCAUUCGCUACAUCGUCAACACAGCUGACAUUUCCACAGUCAUUUGUGACAAACCUGAAAAAGCCAGAAUACUCCUGGACCACGUGGAGAGGAGGGAAACCCCAGGGCUGAGCUCCAUCAUCCUGAUGGACCCCUUUGAGAAGGAGCUGAUGGAGAGAGGGAGGAGGUGUGGGGUUCGCAUCCAGACCAUGCAGGAGGUGGAGGACUGUGGCCGUGAGAGUCGACACGUGCCCGUGCCUCCUCGACCUGAAGACCUAUCCAUUGUCUGUUUUACUAGUGGCACUACAGGGAACCCCAAAGGUGCUAUGCUGACCCAUGGGAACGUGGUGGCUGAUUUUUCAGGCUUUUUGAAAGUGACAGAGAAAGUGAUCUUUCCGAGACAGGACGAUGUGCUCAUCUCCUUCCUGCCUCUGGCUCACAUGUUUGAAAGAGUUAUACAGGUAAGAAUCCUGCCUGAACUGACAAGGCCUCCUGGGGCUCCUUCUGUUUUCUUCCAGAGUCAGUGGUCUCCUACUUGUGAGGAUGUACACAUUUCCUAUUUGCCUUUAGCACACAUGUUUGAGAGAAUGGUACAGUCUGUGGUGUACUGCCAUGGAGGGCGAAUUGGGUUCUUCCAAGGAGACAUUCGCCUGCUGUCUGAUGAUAUGAAAGCCCUGAGGCCAACCAUCUUCCCUGUCGUGCCACGGCUGCUGAACAGGAUGUAUGAUAAGAUCUUCAGCCAGGCAGACACAUCCCUCAAGCGCUGGAUUCUGGAAUUUGCAGCGAGACGGAAAAAGGCUGAAGUUCGCAACGGGAUCAUCCGCAAUGACAGUUUGUGGGAUAAACUUUUCUUUAAUAAAAUACAGGCCAGUCUCGGGGGCUGUGUUCGCAUGAUAGUGACGGGCGCUGCCCCUGCGUCUCCCACCGUCCUGGGCUUCCUCCGCGCCGCCCUCGGAUGCCAGGUUUAUGAAGGUUAUGGCCAAACAGAAUGCACAGCUGGCUGCACCUUCACCACCCCAGGUGACUGGACAUCAGGUCAUGUAGGAGCCCCUUUGCCCUGUAACUUAAUCAGAUUGAAGGAUGUGGAAGAGCUGAAUUAUUUUGCUUCCAAAGGAGAAGGAGAGAUAUGUGUGAAAGGACCAAACGUUUUCAAAGGUUAUCUGAAAGAUGAAGAGAAGACAAAGGAAGCACUGGACCAGGAGGGCUGGCUUCACACUGGAGACAUUGGGAAAUGGUUACCCAAUGGGACUCUUAAAAUCAUCGAUCGGAAAAAGCAUAUAUUUAAACUUGCUCAGGGAGAAUACAUCGCACCAGAGAAGAUAGAGAACAUCUACAUCCGCAGUGACCCCGUGGCCCAGAUCUAUGUCCAUGGAGACAGCCUGCAGGCUUUUCUGGUGGGAAUCGUGGUGCCUGAUUCUGAAGUUAUGCCAGGCUGGGCAAAGAAAAGAGGGUUUGAUGGAACAUAUGCAGAGCUCUGUAAAAAUAAGGAGCUGCAGCAAGUGAUAAUGGAAGACAUGGUACGGUUGGGUAAGGAGAGCGGACUUCACUCCUUUGAGCAGGUCAAAGCCAUUUACAUUCACUCUGAUAUGUUCUCGGUACAAAAUGGUUUGUUGACACCAACAUUAAAGGCUAAGAGACCAGAACUAAGAGAUUACUUCAAGAAGCAAAUAGAAGAGCUAUAUUCAAGCAUCUCCAUCUGAAACAACAGGAAGAAUGUGUUGAACCACGGACUUUGUAGCAAUAUUAGAAUAACACUGCAAAAUACAGAGCCAGAACGACACAGCAGGAAUGGAGAAACAGCUGAAUUCAACAUCUGAGCCUUUCAUUUUUCAUCACUAACUAUGAUUUUCCUUCCUUUUUUUUCUUUUUUUAUUCCAUCAGGUGUCACAGAGUUCAUCUUUGACUCAGUACACAAUUAGGGCACUACUAAAAAUGAUGCUAAGUUGUGACAAAAUAGACAGAAAUUUCAACCUGUGACCAAGAAAAUUAUGGAAGCAUACCUAAUUACUAGCUCCAAGCAUUUCUGAUUUAAAUAGGGACAGCUGCAGGUAUGUCUGUUGAUAUUUGAUUGUAUAUAACCUAAUCCAUGAGGAACUAAAAUUGUGGAUAAUUCAGUAAUGUGGUCUACCUCAAACAAUCAGUGACUGAUGGUGAAAAUCUCUUUUCCCUGAUCUGGAAUUUCAAGCUGGAUAUCGGUUUAUAUAUUAAGUGAUAGGGUGUUUGGUUGGUUUUUUAAUACAUUUUCUGGGACAUGAAUGUCAUUGAUUUAAUUUCAUCAUUAAUAACCUAACAACUUGAUGAUCUUAAAGGUCUUUCCCAGCCGAAACCAUUCUGGGAUUCUGUAACUGGGACAGAAGUAGGAAUGGAUCUCCCACUACUUGUACUUAAGAGAUUCUAUUAGGAUAUUACAUCUAAUGGAUUAAUAUCACCUUGAAAUGACAAGAAAAGGUUAGGAAGCAAUAGGAUAGAAUUCCCUCUAUUUCCUUUUCGUCCCUACCCAAUUUAUACAUGGAAUGCUGGUUUUACAUUUGGGCUUCCUUCAGCACUCAUGGACAUUUGAACUACUCAAACUGAGGUGGUGGCAGGAGCACUGCUGGCUCUGUCGUGGCUUUUUGUGGGAGUUUACAUUAAACCACAGGCUCCCAGUCCCUAAUUUAUUACUUUACAUGCUGCUAAUACUGUGUAGUCCAGUUGGACUAACUCCCUUUCAGAAACACUGCUGAAAAAAUGGAGCACAAGGGACAAGCUGUAAUUCUGAAUGGGGCUUAGAAAAGCAGAUUUGGUUUGGGAGGAAGGCCAGCUUGAGGUGCAACAGCAGAAGACAUCCUUUGGCUGACCACGGAAGGGGAUGAAGUACUGCUCCAAAGAGUGCACAAAGAUGGGCAAAAGGCUGUGUUAGCCAGGCUAUUGUAAGGUGUCAUGGUGUGGUAAAACGUUGGGUGUGCUGCAGAAAGGCCUGCUGAGAAAAUGUCUGUGUUUGGACAUGUGGAAGCUUCAGUUCCCUGUCAUCACUUCCAGUGGCUGCUAUGGAGUAAACAACAAGUUGGGCUGAAUGAAACUUGAGAUUUCACAGCCAGCUGCAGCCAU